AUGGCUGACAGAGUAAAGAGAAGAAAAGAUCCAAGAUCGAUUAACUUGAAAUCUAUAAGUAUUCCACAUCCUUUAGGGGUUAAACCCGAAGGAAAUUCACUUCUUAAUCCUGAUAUCGAAGUUAGAAGUCAAUCAUUGGGAUAUUUAUCUAAAUUAGAUGAUGAGACUAUCAUGACAUUACUAUCAUAUCUCGAUAUAGAAGGAUUGAAGAAUUUCAUGUAUGUUUCCAAAGUUACUUAUGCAUUUACCAGUGAAGAGGAAAUAUGGAGAAGAAUUUAUACUGAAAAUUUCCAUGGUCAAGAGGAUUUCAAUUGGAAAGGUAGUUGGAAGAAAUCUAUAUUGGGACAUAAUAAUAUAGAUAUAAAGGUUGAUAUCAAUAGCGAUGUUAUUUAUAGACCCUUCCAAGUUAGAAGUAUUGACUAUACUAAGUUAUUUGGAAAUUUGGUCGAAGAUGAAUUGAACAAUAAACAUUCCAACAAUAAUCCUCCCAAUAGAAUACCCAGAUUCAAAUCUCAUGAAGUAUCAACGUUACCUAAAACCCCAUUUAUAUUGACCGAUGGAGAAUGGCCACAAUGGAAACUUGAAGAUUUGGUUGAGAAGUAUGGGUCAGUAACUUUCACACAAGAAAGUGUUAAAUGGGAUUUAAAGACAUUCUCAAACUAUUUGAAGAACAAUAUUGAUGAAUCACCACUUUAUCUAUUCGACUGUAGGAGUGAAGCAAUGAAAUCAAUCCGUAAUGAUUAUGAAGUUCCAGAAUUAUUCAAGAAAGAUUACUUCAAGUUGCUUGGAGAUAGUAGACCUGAUCAUUCAUGGAUUAUCAUAGGUUCUAAAAGAAGUGGAUCUACAUUUCAUAAAGAUCCAAAUAAUACAAGUGCAUGGAACAUCGCCUUACAAGGAAGAAAAUUCUGGGUGAUGAUCCCCCCUAAUAUAACACCACCAGGAGUUAUGGUGGAUGACGAAGAGAGUGAAGUUACUAGUCCUUUGAGUGUAGGAGAAUGGAUUUUAAGUGGAUUCUACAAUGAUGCGCUCAAAAUACCUGAAGUAUUGAUGGGUAUAACGUUCCCAGGAGAAUGCAUGUACGUUCCAUCCAAUUGGUGGCAUUUGGUGAUUAAUCUUGAUGAUUCGAUAGCUAUCACAGAGAAUUUCGUACCUGAUUGUAGAUUGCAUAAUGUAUUGAGUUUUUUCAAAGAUAAGCCGAAUCAAAUCAGUGGAUUCAAAUUAAGCGACAUCAAUGAUUUAAUCGAUAAAUUGUCAUACAAGUGUCCUCAAGUAUCAGAUUUCCAACAAAAAUUGAAGGAGAGUAAACUAGAUUUAUUCGCAGAUUGUGGAGAAUUAGAAUCUUUGCCUGAUAUACCAAUUUUCGAUAUCUUUAAACAAUUAUUGAUCGAUAACGGAUAUGAAAAGGAGUUGAAUAGUAGUAUGGACGAAAUAAAUAAGACAUGGAAUAACUUAACAAGUGAUUCCACCACAUUCAAAUUCAAUUUUGAAUGA